UCGUGUGGAUGUCCUUUCCGCAGGGUUCCAGCCCCGUGGCUGCAAAAUGCACGUAAGUCAACCUUGAGAUCAAGUUUUGGAAGAAGGCUGCUACCCCCCACGUAUGAGAUUCAUGGUUCGUUCGCCCUCGGAUCCCGUCCGUGGCCCUCAUAGCGCAAGUGGUUUUGUCUGUACUCUGCAGCUGUCAGCUGGCAUUUGUGAUGUCACGUCUAUAUGGCGAUACUGUAGCGGAAGACAGACUAAAAUUUGGGCUUCACGUAACCUCGCGUACAGAAGAGAAAACCAAGCGGGGAACAUGUUUUAUCCUCUGUGCUGGACGUCGACGACGCCAGCGGCGACGAGCAGCACCGUUCACACACACUCUCUCCUCCAUUCAAGUUAGUAUAUUGCAUCCUAUAAUCUCUGUUCGCCGCGAAAAGUGCAAUGAUCAUUAACCUCAUCCUACCCUGCUCCCAACGCAACAUCACAUACGACAUUAACUUUCCCUGCACUCUUCCGUUUCCUGAUUUACCCUGUCCUGCUGCCUGGUCAGCACAAUCAAGUCUCUUGACCAAUGCGUCGAAUAUCCAUGUCUUCGACAAGGCAGUAGGUCUUGCUGCCCGUAUCCGCGAGGUCGAAUUAGAUAUCCCCCGAAAGGAGAUCCAGGUGACCUUCAUAGAUGGUCGGAGUGCAGAGUUUGCUAUGAAUCCGGACUGUGCCCGGAUGCUGGAAAGUGUAGCAGACGACGUUAGAGCCUUCAACGACGUAGAGGGUCAGCGUAGCAGUCUGGAGAGCAGUGCUUGCGCUAGUACGACAAGCAGCACAGACGAUCUCCACUCUCUGAAUAAAGGUAGUUCUCCAAGGCUUCACAAAUCGGUGAAGCACAAGCGACAGCGUUCUUUGCUGUUCUCACUGAUUUCCUCCCUCGUUCCGAGGACACUUUCAUUAUCGCCACGGUCCUCAUCUCCAAGCGGCGGGGCCGAUCCACCGCAGGCUUCGCCCUCACCCUCCCUUGCAACCCCGUCUGGCAUGGAUUCCUUCUCUCAUCAACAGGUCUUUUCCCCUCGGACUCGGAGUCCGAUAAGUUUUCUUCGUACUCGUGCUCGUGCGACCCUCGUUGAUGCAUGUCGUCGCCACGUCCUGCCCGCUCUUACGCUCUCUGUGCACGUACCUCCAGGGGGCUACCUAGAGUGGGUUUUACAUGGCCUCGUGGCCAACACCCAUGCCGAAGUACAUGAAGCUCAGAAUGGCAGUCCUUAUGUGUAUGCACGGAAAGCUAAACACGGAAGGAGCCGAAGCGAGGGUAGAAAUGCGCUCGACCUUGGAGAAAGGGCUGAUACAGAAAGACUCUCGUGUUCUCCGUCAAUGUUCUCGAGUCAAACAAAUUCAGAAGAUGUCGAGGAUCGAGUUGUUUACCCUCGACGUGACCAUGCGAAUGAGUGGGGCGUUCGUGUACCCUCUCAUUCACCCGACGGGCUGGACUCGUACAUCUUCGAACUAAGUUGCGCCCACGAGAGCCUUACGGAGGAAAGUUUCGGUUACUGUGAUGACCCCUAUGAGGAUGCCUGGGAUGACAACGAUAGGUUCACAUUCGACGUCGACAGGCCUGACUCCCCAAGUAUGCUGCACGGUAAUGGCUCAUCAGCCGUUCUCUCCGGGGCCCAUGUGCACUUCGCGGACGGGUUUUGGAAUGGUUAUCGUGAAGAGACUACCGGAUUUGGAGGCCUGGCAUUCACUGGUCCAGUCGUGCCCUCGGAUGUGAAUGAGGACGAUGAUUCCGACGAAAGCCAGCUCUCACCUCGCACACCGGAGGAUGGUGAGGAAUUGCUAUUAACGGUUCCUCCCCCUGCACGACCGACAAUCGAAACGCAGCAACUGAUCCCAGUCACAAAGGCCGUCUCGUCCCGACCUCGUUCUCGCGGAUCCCCUCCCCCGGAGCCUGUUGUGCCGAAGGCGCAGGAUGUCUCCGCGAAGCCUCAGUCCCGGAUCCAUUUUUCUAAACCUUCUGCUACAAAUAAUCGACCCUCUAUAGCUGCCUGGUCGCCCAAGGCGCGGCCCAGAACUCAGGGACUAUCCACAGAUGAAUUCAUUGCAAUGCGCCUUGAAUACUUGCGUCGUGUGUAUAACGCUCUGAACCUUGUCCAUGUACGUUCACAGGAAGAGGGAUGGCGCAUCGUUCGCGCAAGUAUAUUUGGCGGGCCAACGAGCUGGACCGAGGGAGAUACCGAUCGUGCUCUGGAGAUGAAAGCAAAGAGGAGAGCAUGGAGUUCGGGACAUACGUGGCCCGAUCGUACCCACGGGUCUCUCAUUGGGAAAGCCGCUUCGCAGUUCCCCACUGGCACGAUAUGGCAGGUACGGCGAAUUGAGUCUGAGGCGCAUCCCCGAGAGCCUGGUGUUGGACAAACUCGUGGGACCAGGCAUGUCAUGUGUUUCUUUCCCGGAAACUGGCCUGAUAUCGGAGGAAUGUGUCACCAUUACUACCGUGGAGACUCCUGUGGAGGGGGUGACUACCUCCCGCGCACGACAAGCAUGUAUUCACCCUCCUCUUCUGCUUCUCUGGUACUCCGCCCACUCACGCCACCACCGUCUUAUCAGGCCGCAGUCAGUGGUGAUAACACUAUCCAUGGGAGUCAGACUGUCGAAGAUGGUCAGGGUGUGAAGUUCGAUGCAUCCUCCAUCCUACUUCGCCCCAUCUCAAGUUUGUCCACCUCUUCGGCUCCAUCAAUGCCCCUAAGCUCAGCAACACAACACGUCCGCCGGCCUCCGCUCACUUCUAACCCGCCGUAUUCAGCACCCCGGCAAUAUUCAGGGAUGCGUCGGCGCUCGAUAUCGCUUCCUGCUGCGCUCAGCUUAUCCUUCUUAGCGCCCCUCAUGCAUUCGCCAUCAAACAUAGAGAAACAGACCAAGGCACCUUCCCCUGCCGGCUGUAUUGAUAAUGAAAAGUGCAACCGUGACUACGAAGACCUAUCUCAGGCGUACAUUUCCCCUCCUCCUUUGCUCUCUGGCCCCAUCAUCAUGAGCGCGGUCCCGGCGCCGCACGAGCAAGAACGGUACCCAAGGUAUGCACAUGUUGCGCAGGUCGUGCAUGCAGCUACUCCGACGGUACGUAGAGUUGGGAUGCCUACGAUCAGUGGGGGUACGGGUAGGGCCGGACGGAUGGACAAAAGAUCUGUGACGAUGGAUGUCAACGCCUACGGAAAAGGUCGGAUGAAAGGUGGUGUCCCAGGUAGCCUCGACGGAAGUGUAGAGGACGCCAUAGAGCUUGGGCGUGCAGAGGAAGGGAGAGUAGUGUGGUAAAAUCUGGCCUUCCUCUCCACCCCCUACCUUUAGUACUUGUCAUAUUUGCAUUAAUCAACAUCCUAUUCGUCUUUCAUUCCGCAUGUACACACUCGCAUUUACCAACAUACAUAUACCAUGAUGCAUGGCCGUCCGUACUACUUAUCAACGCUGCUACCUAAUGCAACAAUGC